AUGGGCUGGCUUCCCUGGUCCUCCGACUCUUCCAACACCGCCUCCGACGGUGGCCGCAUAGCUCCCGAUCGAACCUCCCGCCAACGAUGCUACGAGGGCCGCGACAUGUUCUUUUCCUGCCUCGACCGGAAUGAUAUCUUAGAUGCAAUCAAGGAUGACAAGGAGGCGCGUCGGAAGUGUGGAAAGGAGAUUGCAGAGUUUGAGACGGCUUGCUCGAGGGCGUGGGUCAAAUAUUUCAAGGAGAAGCGCGUGAUGGAGUAUAACCGGGACAAGACAAUUGAGCGGAUUAAGAAGGAGGAUGCGGCCCAGGUUCAAGAAUUGAAAGCACAGGGGUGGAACUCCCGGUAA